AUGAUCUUUGGAGGCAGUGCAACUGAGCAGUAUCUUAACCCUUCAGAGAAGGAAAUUUUCAUCUUUGGCUACCUAGUGGUGGACGACAAGAAGUUCGUGAGCAACAUAACCAGGUUGAGCUCGGGUCCUUUCUGGACCAUCACGGUGCGAGACACGAUGUCUGACCUGCUGGAGGUGCAGAAUGGAGCCUCGGCGCUGGAGAUCUCCUACAACGGGGAGCCUCAGUCCUGGUUCCAGAGGCAGCUCUGGGGCACACAGUACCAGCCCAUCCUCAGGGACCACAUCUGUAAGGACAUGAGUGCAUUGGUGGCCGCCCGCAUGCAGCACAUCCCCUUGGCCCCCGGCUCAGACUGGCGAGAUCUGCCCAACAUCGAAGUGCGGCUCUCGGACGGCACCAUGGCCCGGAAGCUGCGGUACACCCACCACAACAGGAAGAACGGUCGCAGCAGCUCCAGGGCCCUCCGUGGGGUCUGCUCCUGUGUGGAAGCAGGCAAAGCCUGCGACCCUGCAGCUAGGCAGUUCAACACCCUCAUCCCCUGGUGCCUGCCCCACACUGGGAACCGGCACAACCACUGGGCUGGCCUCUAUGGAAGGCUUGAGUGGGACGGCUUCUUCAGCACAACUGUCACCAACCCCGAGCCCAUGGGCAAGCAGGGCCGCGUGCUCCACCCCGAGCAACACCGUGUGGUGAGUGUGCGGGAGUGUGCCUGCUCCCAGGGCUUCCCUGACACCUACCGGCUCUUUGGCAAUAUCCUGGACAAGCACCGGCAGGUGGGCAAUGCCGUGCCACCACCCCUGGCCAAAGCCAUCGGCUUGGAGAUCAAGCUCUGUGUGUUGGCCAAAGCCCGAGAGAGUGCCUCAGCUAAAAUAAAGGAGGAGGAAGCUGCUAAGGACUAGUUCUGCCCUCCCUUCACCCAUGUUUCUGGCACCAGGAAUCCCCAACAUGCACCGAUGUUGUGUUUUUAACAUGUCAAUCUGUCCGUUCACAUGUGUGGUACAUGGUAUUUGUGGCCUUGGCUGACAUGAAGCUGUUGUGUGAGGUUCGCUUACCAACUAAUGAUUUAGUGAUCAAAUUGUGCAGUACUUUGUGCAUUCUGGAUUUUAAAAGUUUUUUUAUUAUGCAUUAUAUCAAAUCUACCACUGUAUGAGUGGAAAUUAAGAUUUUAUGUAGUUUUUAUAUGUUGUAAUAUUUCUUCAAAUAAAUCUCUCCUAUAAACCAAAA